UAGACCAUAGAAAUCAACGGCAUCCCAAUCAACAUGUUAUUAAAUCAAUUUCUGAUUGCAGAAAAGAGAGAAAGAAGCAAACUUUGGAGAUGGGCAUGUUUGAUUUGGAGGAGCAGUUUAGUUUCUACGGAGCUUACCACAACAACCCCAUCAACAUAGCUCUGCACAUGGUCUUUGUUUGGCCAAUUCUCUUCACAGCUCUGCUUCUUUUGAAUUUCACACCGCCUUUAUUCUCUCAAUCCCCAAUUCUUUUGCUGGGCCAGAGUUUCUUGGUCCUCAAUUACGGCUUCUUGUCCACUCUUAUCUAUGCUCUGUAUUAUGUGAGUUUGGACAAAAAAGCUGGUUCUUUGGCUGCUUUCCUGUGUUUCCUGUGUUGGGCUGGAAGCAGUUUUCUCGGUCAUCGCCUCGGCUUUGCUUUGGCUUGGAAGGUGGUUCUGGCAUCUCAGCUACUCUGCUGGACCGGACAGUUCAUAGGGCAUGGCGUGUUUGAGAAGCGAGCGCCUGCACUGUUGGACAACCUCGCCCAAGCAUUCCUCAUGGCACCAUUCUUUGUACUGCUAGAGGCUUUGCAGCAUGCAUUCGGUUAUGAGCCUUGCCCGGGCUUUCACGCUAGAGUCCAGGCGAGAGUCGAUGCUGAAAUCAGGGCUUGGAAGGAAUCCAAAAAUAAGAAAAUUUCUUAGGCUUGAUUUGCUUGAUCCAACAUAUUUAUAUUUCUAUCCAGAAAUAUGGUGAUUUCUAAUCUCACAUACUGAAAAUAUGACCAAAGUAUGUGUAUGUAUUUAUGUCAGACACACCCAAUAAUUUGAUAUGUUGUGCUUUAGCUAUUAAA